UGUCUCUAAUUCGAUCUACUUGAUCAACAGCCAUCAGCUUCCUUGCCUAAUAGACACAUCAUCUUUCUCCCGCCACCCAAUCCAGAUGGUCAUAGCCCCUCUCCACAUCCCACAGGCGCAUAACAACCCAUCUGUCUGGAUCUAGCUCCAAGCUCAGCGCACCGCCCUAGCAUCCUCUAAGUAAAUACCUUGGGUCGGCCUCGCCACGCUUCAAGCUCUUUCCGCAUUCUACAUCCUGCUAUCCUCCUACAGUCUUCUUCCCGGCAGAGGAACUCUCCGGAUAUUCCAUCCUAGACAGUCAAUUUCUGGUUCAUUCGCGUCACAGCAACAUCAUCAUAUUAUUUAGACGUCAACAUUAUCCCGUGAUAAUGACUUCCUUCAAUCCUGCUCCUGCGCAGAUACAAGCUGCUCAAGACCAUACCUAUGGAAGCAUGCCCACACCUACUUAUAUGGGAAUGGUUGAUACUGGCGCACAGUGGGACUAUGUGGGACGCAGAGGAAGCAGUAGAAGUCGAGAACCAUCCGCUUCUCCUCAGCGAGCAGCAACGGAAUCUGGCAUUCCUCGAACUUCGACCCAUGCAGCGAGCGCUUCCGCGAGUUCAUCCUACGCUCCCGUCGCUGGCGCAUCUGGUCAAGCGUCUUCCGCUCCUCACGAACCCACGAUAAGAGAAGAAGCCACAGCAGUUGUUGACAGAAGUAUGCGGGCUCAUCAGCAAACCACCGGACCAAGCAAUGGAAACGGGAACUCCCAACCAAAGAAGUCCAAGGUCAGGAUGGUGGGAGAUUGGCAGCUGAACAAGACCCUGGGGGCGGGAAGUAUGGGUAAAGUGAAGCUGGCGACCAACAUUGUGACAAAAGAGAAGUGUGCUGUGAAAAUUAUUCCUCGGUAUACCGACGCGAACAGGAAGGAAGAAACAACAAGAACGCCGGAAGAAGUUGAGAAACAGCGGUUGAAGGACGAAUCUAAGGAGAUUCGAACAAUUCGGGAAGCACACAUCUCCCUUCUCCUCCAUCAUCCAUAUAUCUGCGGCAUGCGGGAAUUUAUCUCUCACCAGAACCAUCAUUACAUGGUAUUUGAGUUCAUCGACGGCGGUCAGAUGCUUGAUUAUAUUAUUUCUCAUGGUCGACUUCGAGAGCGCGCGGCGAGGAAAUUCGCUAGGCAAAUUGGAUCAGCACUAAACUACUGUCAUCAAAACUCUAUCGUCCAUCGAGACCUAAAGAUCGAAAAUAUUUUGAUAUCAAAGAAUGGAAACAUCAAGCUCAUCGACUUCGGCCUUUCCAACUUGUACUCUCCGUCACGUCAUCUCUCAACAUUCUGCGGUUCAUUAUAUUUUGCCGCGCCAGAGUUAUUGAACGCCAGACCCUACACAGGUCCGGAAGUUGACGUUUGGUCAUUCGGUAUCGUCAUCUACGUCCUGGUGUGCGGAAAGGUACCGUUCGAUGAUCAGUCAAUGCCAGCUUUGCACGCAAAGAUUAAACGUGGUGUUGUAGAGUAUCCGAGUUGGUUGAGUGCUGAGGUUAAAUCUCUGCUGAGUCGUAUGUUAGUCACUAAUCCAGCGGAAAGGGCGACUUUGGCAGAAGUGCUCAGCCAUCCGUUCAUGACAAAGGGUUAUGACGGUCCCCCCGACUCUUUUCUCAUCCGACGCGAGCUGCUUCGCGCCGAAGAGAUUGAUAUGAACGUCGUUGAAGCGAUGGAAGGCUUUACUUUUGGUGAUGCCAACACCAUCUACCGUAACCUUCAUAGCAUCCUCACCUCUGAAGACUAUCUUCACUGUGUUGCUACUUUUGAAGCCCAUCGGGAGAAGUUACGCACUUCUAGUCCUGGUGUCUCAACGAACGAUCCUAGUGACUCACCGAAGAAGAAGAGGUUCAGCGGCUUCGACCUAAAGAAGCGGUUAUUCAAAGAGGACAAGAAGGUCGAAGAGGCACCAUUCAAGGAGAAAGUCAGAGAUCCGACCAAGGGUUAUGAUCCGCUCAUUUCAAUCUAUUUUUUGGCGAGGGAAAAGAUCGAAAGAGAGAGAGUGUUUGGUCCUGGUUUCUUUGCCUCAUCGCAAUUGUCGUUGGAUACAUUUAAUACCAGUCAAGGUUACGGUAUGGCAGUUCCCAAUCUUCCACCACCCGCGUCAACACACGUCAUGGGUCACGAUUCUUCACGAGGUCCCGACUUUGCCUCUGAGCCCCGACCACGGUCCGACGAUGUCCCCAACCCUGUCAUGGCCCACCCUUCAGCAGACCGAGAACAGUCCAAACUCGCCGACAUUCCUUCUGCCGUCCACCGCCGGCAACCUUCCCUCAGCCAGCCACCGUUACCCAGCAGUAUGCCAGCUGCAGUAGAAAGGUCUGCCGACGAGGGUUUGACGAAAAAGUUCAGUAUGCUGGGGCGCGGGCCUCGACCGCCCUCUGCCGGUCCUGCAGGACCGUCUCGCUCAGCCUCUACUAAACGUGAGAGCAUGACUGCUUCACCUUCCAUGCCUAUACAAGAGCACCGACGUGCGACCACUGUCGUCCACAGCGACAAAUCCAAACAAGAAAGGCGGGUAUCAGUCGGCAGCUUUACCAACUCUGUCAGCAAAGCAAGCGGCUUGGCGAGGCGUGCAUCCCAGCGCGAUCGACCCCCUGCGACACCUCCCGAUUCUCGAUGGUUGAACGCACCAGCAGAAGCAGAGGAAUAUCACCAGGUUGAGACUUCGGUUCGGCCGUCGUCUACUCCCCGCGAACCCGAGCCGGAUACUGCCAACGAACCUCAAAGCUACGAUGAUGUCAAACCAAGUUACCUCAAGGGUAUCUUCUCUGUCUCCACCACUUCUACCAAACCAGCCAACGUGCUUAUCCGAGAUAUCGCCAUGGUGUUGGACAGGAUAGGCAUCAAGCACCGCCCGAUCAAGGGCGGUUUUGAGUGUGUCCAUAUGCCAAGUAUAGACCUUGCGAGUGUGGUGAAUGGUGACGAGGCGAGUACUAGUUUGUCGAACGUCCCCUCUCACGCUUCUGGUGCAAGGCGGAAACAGAGCUUGAGACGAAAGGGCAGUAAGGUCAAUAUGAAUGGCAUAAGUAGCAAUGGUGCUGGAAGUAGGGCAACGAGUCCGGGACCGCAUAGAGUCUUGACUGGCAAUUCAAGCGGUACGGUCAGCGGUGGCGAUGUUGCUCAUUUGUCGGUGCCAUCAGGCAAGAACCGACAUCAUGUCGGAACUGUGGAGGAAGACGAGGUGGAUGCGUGGGCUUUGGCGCAAAGUGGAGGAGCUGGAAGCAGUUUAAUUGUCCGAUUCGAGAUCUUUGUGGUCAAAGUCCCUGUUCUUCCACUUCACGGAAUACAGUUCAGAAGAGUGGGAGGUGAUGGAUGGCAGUAUCAAAUGUUGGCCAAGGCGAUCCUUCGCGAAAUGAGAUUAUAGUCGGGCCGAGACCGCAUUAUGGUAAGGCUUCUAGAUUCUAGACUUCAAAAGCCAAAAGUCUAGGUGGAGGGCAGGGAAGAUGGAAAAAAGGGGGAGAGAGCGAUCAAAGGUGGAUUUAUGGCUGUUUAUGCUUAGGAUGGUUAUACUCUUUACAAUUUUUUUGCUGUCCGCUGUGGACUGUGGAUCUCUAGACUUUGGAAAGCGAGAAAAGGGGAAUGCGGAAAAACAUAUUUUAGGAUGAUUGCAAAUCGCGUCCCAGAUCCUUGGUGAAGCCUUGAGCGGUGGAACGGCGGAGUUAAUCAGCAGAGAACAGUAAAGUUAUCAGAUAUCAAGAUAUACCCGACAAGGAAAGAGAGGGCAGAUGAUAAACGGACAAGGAAAAAGGAUAAAAAUGGAUCUGUAUAUGAUACGUAGAUGUAUGUUCUUCAUGAUAGUCUGAUUAUGCCUUUUGAAUAGAUGUUAAUGAGUGAUGUGCGUC